AUUUUUUUAACCAGACGGAGGUCGACGCCGAUCAAGGGAUUCAAAGGCCUCGCUUUCAGUUCGCCAGGUGAAGCCGUUUUAUCGUCGUCGUCAUCUAAUCUUAAUAUUAUGGUGGCUUGCCUGUCCCGGUCCCCCGCCGUCUUCUCCACACUUCCAAGGCCCCCAGCCUCAAGGCGUCGCCGGGCGAUGGCUGCCAAGUGCUCGACCUCCGGCCUCACAGAGCAACAUAAACUCCCUGUGCUGCUCUUCGACGUCAUGGACACCAUCGUCCGGGAUCCCUUCUACCACGACAUCCCCGACUUCUUCCAGAUGUCCAUGAAAGAACUCUUAGAAAACAAGCACCCUACCGCAUGGGCUGAAUUUGAGAAGGGGUUGAUUGAUGAGAAUGAGCUUGCUAAAAAGUUCUUUAAAGAUGGAAGACCAUUUGAUUUGGAAGGUCUCAAACAGUGCAUGCUAAGAGGAUAUUCCUAUGUUGAUGGCAUUGAGGAAUUGCUCCACAGUUUGAAAAGAAACAACUAUGAAUUGCAUGCUUUUACAAACUAUCCAAUAUGGUACAAGAUGAUCGAAGAGAAGUUACAACUCUCCAAGUAUUUGUCAUGGACAUUUUGUUCUUGUAUAAUUGGCACAAAAAAUACUCCAAUACAUCAGUUUCUACUGGCAUCUGUUACUUCUUUUGAGUGUAUCCAUCGAUUUCAUUCUCAUACACAGGGAAAAGGAAGCCUGCCCCAGAAUUUUAUAUGGAAGUGUUGCAUCAUCUUGGAGUUGAGCCAGCAAGCUGCAUCUUCAUUGAUGACAGGAUGGCAAAUGUUGAGGCAGCUGUGAACGCUGGCAUGUUCGGGUUGCAAUUCAGGAAUGCAGAUACCCUCAAACAAGAAUUAUCUUCAUUGGGGGUUGAGGUAGUUAAUUUGGACAAAUCAUAAGCCAGAAUCUAUCAACAUUUUCCAUUCUUAGAGGAUAAUCUCACUGUAUUUCACCAAUUUGUUUCAAAUUGUUGUUCCUAUUAAGAUGCAUACGUCUGUAUAGUUUCUUGGAGGAAAACAAUAAAAAGAGGUUCUUUUGCAUGGACUUUAUUUGCUAUAG